CUAAAAUACAAGAAAAUUCAGGUUAAAUGGUAUAAAGAUGAUGUUGAAGUUGACAAAGACAACGCACAAAUUACGUAUAGGAGCGGAGUUUGCACUCUCGAAAUUUUCAACUGUAAAAUGACGGAUGCAGGAACAUAUCGUUGUGAGGCUGUAAAUUCGCUUGGAUCGGAUAGUACUGACUGCAUUCUAACAGUACAGGGCAGAGGAGGCGAACCUAUACCUUUCAUACCAUUCCGAUCACGAAGAAUAUAUGACUCCAACAGAACAGUAGAAACAUCUAGAUCAAACUACGACCACUUAAGGAUAAAUGACUUUGAAAGAUCGAGAUCUACUGUCGACGUCAGACGUGACAGCUCAAGUUAUCGCAGCAGUAACGUGCGGCAUACAAGAGAUGAUAGUUUAUCAAAACCCCCAGCUAGUUCACCUACAUUUUCAAAAUUCUUAAACUCAGUGACUGUUGAAGAAGGCGAAACUGCUGAAUUUAGCUGCCAGGUGACAGGUGAACCAGAGCCUAGCAUUGAAUGGUUGUACAAUGGUGAGCAAAUUUCUGAUAGUCGAAAAGUUAGGAAAACAUAUAUGUCAGGACGCGCGUCAUUAUUCCUUCUGGAAUGCAAACUAGAAGAUGAGGGUGAAUAUUCUUGUAGAGCAAGCAACUCCGCUGGUUCGGAUACUAGCAAAGGAAACCUUUUUGUAAAUAUACCUCUGUAUUUUGCAAGAAUAAUUCUUUUUUGCAGAAGAAGAAAAGCUUCUAUUAUUGACGAAAAUGUCCGCAGUGAUUUGACUGAAACUCCGAUGGUUAAUGGUAAUUUAACGGAGACUCCAUUAGUAAACGGUGAUUUAACAGAAACCCCAUUAGUAAAUGGUGUUGUAAAGGAAACUCCAAUUGUAAAUAGUAAAGUCAGCGCUGAUCCACCUAAAGUGUCAGUGUUGAACGAUGACCAAGCUGCAGAGGAAGUAGAAAAAGAUGUUGAACAACCGUUACAAAUCACUAGACACAUUGAACCAGUCUGUGUGGCUGCUAAUGCAAAUGCUGCAUUUACAGCAUCAGUUUCUGGUGUGCCAGAUGAGGUUAUUUGGAUGAAGAAUGGUCGAGAGCUAAAAUCUGAAGGAAAUAUUGUAAUCAGUGAAAAUAAUAAUGUUUAUCAGCUUGAAGUAAAUCAAGUAGCAAUCGAAGACCAUGGUGUUUAUCAGUUUGAAGCAAGACGAAAGGGGAAAACUGCAUUUUCGGUCGCAUCCCUUGUGGUUUUAGGAAGACCAGUUGAGCCAAACAUUGCAAAACUUCCACAGUCGGUUAAUGUUAGGCAAAAUGAGCCAACAAAGUUUGUGCUGGAACUUGAAAAUGCUGAUCAUUUGAGUGUACAGUGGUUCAAAGGAGCUGACAAGGUUGAUAAGUCGGAUCGAAUAAAAUCUGUCAAAUCUGGCAAUGCUUUUAAACUCGACUUUAAAAGUGUUGAAUUGUCGGAUGAAGGCGUUUAUGUAGUGAAGUUGAUCAAAGACAAGAAGGCAAUAUGCAAAUAUGCAGCAGCAAUGCAAAUAGUUCUAUAAAC